GGCCUGGUCCCAGGGGUCCACCCGUUUCCUAGAAGCGUUUCUAGGCCCAGGGAAGCCUUUCUGCUGAGGAAGAGAAGCCAGAUUCGGGGGCGGGCGGCGAGAAAUCAGGCUAAGAAAUGGCAUUUCAAAAGGCAGUGAAAGGGACUAUUCUUGUUGGAGGUGGUGCUCUAGCAAGUGUCCUAGGCCUCUCUCAAUUUGCUCAUUACAGAAGGAAGCAAGUGAGCUUGGCCUAUGUCGAAGCAGCCGAGUACGUCACAGAACCUGUUAACAGGGAGCCUCCUUCCAGAGAAGCUCAGCUACUGACCUUGCAAAACAUGUCUGAAUUCGACAUCCUUGUCAUUGGAGGAGGAGCAACAGGGUGCGGCUGCGCACUGGAUGCCGUCACCAGAGGACUAAAAACAGCCCUUGUAGAAAGAGAUGAUUUCUCAUCAGGGACCAGCAGCAGAAGCACUAAAUUGAUCCAUGGUGGUGUGAGAUAUCUUCAGAAGGCUAUCAUGAAGUUGGAUAUUGAGCAGUAUAGGAUGGUAAAAGAAGCCCUUCACGAGCGUGCCAACCUACUAGAAAUUGCUCCCCAUUUAUCAGCUCCGUUGCCUAUAAUGCUUCCAAUUUACAAGUGGUGGCAGCUACCUUACUACUGGGUAGGAAUCAAGCUAUAUGAUCUGGUUGCAGGAAGUAAUUGCCUGAAGAGCAGUUAUGUCCUCAGCAAAUCGAGAGCCCUUGAACAUUUCCCAAUGCUCCAGAAGGACAAACUGGUAGGAGCAAUUGUCUACUAUGACGGACAACACAACGACGCUCGGAUGAACCUUGCCAUUGCCCUCACUGCUGCCAGGUAUGGGGCUGCCACAGCUAAUUACAUGGAGGUAGUGAGCUUGCUCAAGAAGACAGACCCCCACACGGGGAAGGAGCGAGUGAGCGGCGCGCGGUGCAAGGACGUGCUCACAGGGCAGGAAUUUGAUGUGAGAGCCAAAUGUGUUAUCAAUGCUACGGGACCUUUCACAGACACCGUGCGCAAAAUGGAUGAUAAGAACGCCACGGCGAUCUGCCAGCCGAGCGCGGGUGUCCACAUCGUGAUGCCUGGUUAUUACAGCCCCGAGAGCAUGGGACUUCUUGACCCAGCAACCAGUGAUGGGCGAGUUAUCUUCUUCUUACCCUGGCAAAAGAUGACUAUAGCUGGCACUACUGACACGCCAACUGAUGUCACACACCAUCCCAUUCCUUCGGAAGAAGAUAUCAAUUUCAUUUUGAAUGAAGUGCGGAACUACCUGAGUUGUGACGUUGAAGUGAGAAGAGGGGACGUCCUGGCAGCGUGGAGUGGUAUCCGUCCCCUUGUGACAGAUCCCAAGUCUGCAGAUACUCAGUCCAUUUCCCGAAAUCAUGUCGUGGACAUCAGUGAGAGUGGCCUCAUCACUAUAGCAGGUGGAAAGUGGACAACGUAUCGAUCUAUGGCAGAAGAUACCAUAAAUGCUGCUAUCAAAGCUCACAAUUUUAAAGCAGGACCAAGCAGAACAGUUGGGCUUUUCCUUCAAGGGGGCAAAGAUUGGAGCCCCACGCUGUACAUUAGGCUUGUCCAGGAUUAUGGGCUUGAAAGUGAGGUGGCACAGCAUCUCGCCGCUACCUAUGGUGACAAGGCUUUUGAGGUGGCCAAGAUGGCAAGCGUAACUGGAAAAAGGUGGCCCAUCGUUGGCGUGCGUCUUGUGUCAGAAUUUCCAUACAUUGAAGCAGAGGUGAAAUAUGGGAUUAAGGAGUAUGCCUGUACAGCAGUGGAUAUGAUUUCACGGCGCACUCGCCUGGCAUUCUUAAAUGUCCAGGCGGCAGAGGAAGCCCUCCCCAGGAUCGUUGAACUGAUGGGCAGAGAACUGAAUUGGGAUGAUUACAAAAAAGAGGAGGAACUUGAAACAGCCAGGAAGUUUCUGUAUUAUGAAAUGGGCUAUAAAUCUCGAUCAGAACAGUUAACAGAUCACUCUGAAAUUAGCCUCCGGCCUUCCGACAUCGACAGGUACAAGAAGAGAUUUCAUAAGUUUGAUGCAGACCAAAAGGGCUUUAUUACCAUUGUUGAUGUUCAGCGUGUAUUAGAGAGUAUCAACGUCCAAAUGGAUGAGAAUACACUACAUGAAAUUCUGAAUGAAGUAGACUUGAACAAAAAUGGACAGGUGGAACUCAAUGAGUUUUUGCAGCUGAUGAGUGCUAUUCAGAAAGGAAGGGUGUCCGGAAGCCGGCUCGCGAUCCUGAUGAAAACUGCAGAAGAGAACCUCGACAGAAGAGUCCCCAUUCCAGUGGACCGAAGCUGUGGAGGAUUGUGAGUCUGGGCAGUACAUCCACAGCCAACAGACAAAGGAACAACAAAUCAUCCUGUAACAACCAGAGAUGAUUUAGACCACUCCAAAAUAGUGGCCAUGGGUAGCUGCCUUUGUUAACACUGGGGAACAUUCCAAAGCUUCAGGGCGUUGAUUUGUCUUCGCCAUUCAGUCUAGCUUCUGAACAGCGUAUUUUAUCUUGUUUCUCACCGAUUUAAUGUUUUGCAUCCAUUUUGUAACCUGUUAGACUGGACAUACCCCCUUUUUGUUUGUCUCUUCAUUUAUUCUGGGUCAGUCUUAAGGACAGAGCAUUUUGGCCAAAAUUGAAUAGAAGCUGGAAAAAUUUCGUGACGUGCACAAAGCUCUGGACGUUAAGACUGUAGGUAGGAUUUGCUCCUAACAGAAAUUGAGCAGGGAGUGACCUAUGGAAAUGAUAGCAUUUCUGGAGACCGCUCAGAUCCUUCUUCCCAAUCCAAACAAUAUUGUGUAGUUUCAUAUCCAGGGUAUGAUUGGCAAAACUGGAGAGGGAAGACAAAGUUUAGAUCUGGUUACAGGAGCGAGUCUCAAAGAGAAACUCUGAACGCUUCCAGAAUCACAGGUGUACGAUAAGGAUAGCAUUGACAUUUGCUGGAUUACACUGAUAGUUUCGUCUCAGCAAUUCAUUUUUUUUUUUUUCCUCCAGUCACUGCUGGUUUUUCUUUGACUAUUAUAGUUGCCAGGAAGAUUCUUGCUUUUCAUAUUUUAAAACCAGCAUUUAAGUGGCAAGUUGGAUGUAAUGGGAUGAGACUAAACUUCUCAAAUCCUUACAGCAGUAAUAAAGUUAAAGAUUUAAAAUCUGUGUGUGUAUAUCCACACACGAUAGCACGAUUUUCAAUCCCCAAAUCCUAAACUGUGGAGCAUGUGCUGUUGUCAAACAUGGCCUAUUUGGCUUAGUUUAUUGCAUCAUUUUGGGGGAGUAAUUUCAAAUGGAGAGUAAAAGAGGAUCGAAGUAACCUUUAGUUAACUUUAAUUAUAAUUAUUUGUAAAAAGGCACAAUGCUUCAGUACUCAAGGUCAUUUGAGUUGCUUAAAGCCUUUCUCCUUUAUGGAAAAUUUCUCAACCACAGAGAAAAAGAAAAGAAAUAAAACCACGCACAACUCAUACCCACACACAGACCCCUCCUGCACCCCCCACCCCACACACACAAAAAUAAAUCUGCAUUGAAUUUAACAAAUAAUGCAUUGAAUUUAAAGGGCCAAUGUGGUAUGAUGCUUUUGCAACACUUCACUAGCAUUUUAACCAAUGAUCUGAAUUUUUACCCACUGUGCUUCCUUCUGUGAGGUUAACUACCUGUCUUUUUAUUUUCUAAGAUCAGGUUGUGUAUGUAAUAGGAGAUAGAACUCUAUAUUUAAUGGCAGGCUUUAAUUGCACAGACUUGAGAUCUUAGGUUGUUUUUUUUUUUUUUUAAA